AUGAAAGACAUGGACGGGAAGUUCCAGGAGCGGAAGGCCGCGACGAGCGCAGCCACGAUGGAUAGCUACAAAAAGCACUUGGCUAUCAUGGACGCCAAGGGCCGCAUGCUCCAGCUGGGGCAGCUGGUCAAGGACCUCCCGGAGGCGCGCUUCCCCCUCCACUUCCGGGAGAUGCCCGCGCACAGGGACCGGAAGGUGAUCAUGAUCUACCUGGCGCGGGCACGGCCCGAGACGGAGCGCAGGGGCAUCGAGAAGACGCGCGGGCUGGACAAGUACCUCUGGGCCUGCCUCAAGCCGAGCGCCGUGCGGCCCUACCCCGGGGAGGACGGCGCCCGCAGGCCGUUCCGGCGCCGCAGGGCCGACGGCAAGGAGUCCGAGCCCCUCCUGGGCGCGGCCGCCCCGCAGCCGCAGGGCAUCCAGGGCGAGGUGCGCAGGUGCGUCCAGGAGGUCCUGGCGCGCCAGCACCGCAAGUUCCUCGAGGCGCUGGAGGAGCCCGCCGCCUCGCAGCAGCAGAAGAUGCGCGGUCACAAGGAGCUGGCCGAGGAGAGUACCUGA